AUGAUGUCGCCCGCGGGCAGCAAGGUUGACUCGAUACUUGCUUGCUUUCUGGCCCCGAGGGGCCCCUGGCUUUUGUGGUUUUGUCAUUUUGACGACGACAACUACGUGAACGUGCCGAAAUUGGUGAAACUUCUGGGACGUUACGAUCCCCAAGAAAACGUUUACUUGGGUAAACCCUCUAUCCCUGCCCCGUUGGAGAUCCCCGGGAAGGAUCCUUCCUCGAAAAAGAUCUCCUUCUGGUUUGCAACCGGGGGCGCUGGUUUCUGCAUCAGUCGAUCGCUGGCCCUGAAGAUGAUGCCGAUCGCCAGCGGUGGAAAAUUCAUCAGCAUCGGAGAUAGAAUCCGUCUCCCCGACGACGUUACCAUGGGCUACAUCAUCGAGCAUUUGUUGGGACAAGACUUGACUGUGAUCAAGGGCUUCCAUUCCCAUCUCGAGCCGAUGAAGUCCAUCUCCGCCGAGGAGCUUCCUGAGCAGAUAACGUUCAGUUAUUCGAAGUACUGGUUCGAGAUGAACGUCUUGCCUCUGGAUGGAUUCGACUUGGAGUCCGACCCUACAAGGGUGACCGCUAAAACCACUGGACGGCUAGGGUUCUUUUGGGUCUACAAAAUGCGCUUACCGAACUAG